AUGGCCGGCGACGACGCCUCGGACGCCGAGGCCCUCUUCUGCCUCGAGCUCUACGUGCACCGCGUCGAGCGCCUGCCGAAGCGGCUGCGCGAGGCGCCGCCCGCGCUCGCGCUGCGGUUUUUAGAUUAUGCCCCAGUGGUCGUCGAGCCGCCGAGCGGCGCGCGGGGCAACCACCGCGGGUCGUGCUGGUACGGCGGCGGCAAGCGCUGCGUGUUUGAAGCACGUGAAGGGGAGCUGGCGAAGAAGUUGGAGCAGCGGCGCGACGCCGCGCUGCUCUGCCACGCCGUCGAGGCGGGCCGGCCCGUGCGCCGGCGGCUCUACGGGUCGUCGAAGGUCGCCUUGCCGAACUUCGGGGAGAACGAGGAGAACGAGGCGCCGCUCGGCGCCGUGCGGACGUGGGGCCGGGCCGAGUGCCGCAUUUUAUUAGAAAACGCGCACGGGCGGGUCGUGGGCGCGGCGACGGUGUCGGUGUCGCUGGCGUCGCUCGACGCGGGCCUCCGCAAGUGCCUCGGGGCCGGGGCGCCCGUGCAGCAGCUACGGCUGUCCGUCGACCUGCCCGUCGGCGACGCGCUCCGUCCCAAGUCCAGUGACGGCAGUCCGGGUGAGGUGCGCCAGUCGGGCGCCGGCCAGCUGGACCUGGCGUGGUCCGACGACGACCUCAACGAUGCGCCGCCGUCGACCGAGACGUUCUCGCCGCCGUCGCCCCGCAAGUCGCCCGGGGCCUUUUCUCCCUCCAAUAGAUGCGCCGCGGAGGCGACGCUGGUCUUCGCGGGCGCGACGGUCGCGGCCUUCGACGACAAGGCCAAGGCGGCUCUAAUUGAGACGCUCGCGCGCCGGGCCGGCGUGUCGCCGGACCGCGUCACGAUCACAAAUUUCCGCGCGGGCUCGCUCGUCGUCGACUGCCGCAUCGACUUCCCCGAGGAGGCCCACGCGCGGGACUUCGCCGACGAGAUUGCGGCAGAAGCGCCUGAGGUGGAGGCGCUCGGCGCGUGCGAAGUUAUCAAAGCUGGCGUGCCCUAUGAGGAGGACUACGGCGAGCCCGCGGAAAAGCCGGAGGUCUACGAGGAGGCCUACGGCGAGCCGGCGGCGGGGCCCGACGUUGUCGCGGAGGCGCCGGCCUUCGCGGCGGCGCGGCCCGACGUCGAGGCGCCCCAUCUGAAGCACCACGCGCGGGCGCCGCCGCCCGUCUCGCCCCACCGGACGACGAUGACCUACCCCUACCGGUCGCUGGACGUGUUCCGGGGCGAGGCCGUGCUCGUCGACGACGACGACGACCGGUGCUACGUCGGCGACUGCCCGAAGCCCUUCUACUACGCGACCGCCGACCUGCCGCCGCCCGAGGUCUUCGUGGCGCCGGACGCCGUGCUCUCGCCCGUACGACCGCCGCCGCCGUCGCCCGAACGGCCGCGCGGCGACCCCUGGCUCGCGCUCGCGACGAACGUGAGCCACGACCCGGGCGAGGGCGUGGUGUUUGAGCCCGUGCCCGACCCCGCCGCGCCGCCGCCGCCGCCUCCCUUAUCACCGCCGCGCGCGGUCGUGCGGCAAAAGCAGCCGGGGUCGCGGCUCCUGCCGCGCGGCCACACGUUCAUCGCGGCGGAGCUGCGGGGCGACGGCCGCGCGCAGCGGCGGCCGCCGCAAAAGCCGUUGCGAGCCGCGAAUCGGACGAAGCGCGCCGCGCCGCCGCCGCCGCGCGUCGCGCGCUUGGGUGCGAAGGCGCCUCCGUUGGAACCGAAGAAGCGCCAGAAGCCGCGGCCGAAGCGGGCGCCGCUGCCCGCGCCGCCGCCGCCGCCGCUGUCCCCCGAGAAGGAGGAGGCCCUCGCCGCCGCCUUCGAGCGCGUGCGGUCGGCCGACGGGCGCGCGUCGCUCGCGGAUUUGCGCGUGUCGCGCGGCGGCGGGCCGGGCGGCGAGAAGCGCGUGACCUUCGGCGAGUACCUGUUUCGCGUCGCCGAAGGUGGUGAUGCGGUGGCCGUUUGCUAAUUUUUUGGUCUUUUUGAGCCUGAGGUCUUUUUCAAGUUGGCAUUUCUUUGCUUUGCUUAG